AUGGCCGAUCCUUUGCUUGAACAAAUGCCAGGGGGAAUUCGGAUAAAUACUAGAUCCAAUAAAGGGUCUCCAAUAGCAUCACCAUUAUCAAGUGCACCUGGUUCUCCAGCUUUAGAGCAUAUGCUGGCUUUAGAAAACAGCGACGGCAACGGUUUCAGUGGAGCAAGUAGCACAAGUGGCCCCCAAAUAAACAAUCAGGACUCUGGUGUAGAGAAUAGGAGCGAGGUCAAUAAUGACAUGCCAGAAAAUAUAAGGACUAAUAGUAAUGGCCCUAUGCGAGCUGUAUCAACGACUGUUCCAGCGUCGUCUACAGCUGUGCCAGCGCCUCCUCCCCAAGUCACGCAUCCUCCCAGGAGAUCAUCUUUCGGAUUAAACUUUUUAAGUUCUUUUACAAAUUCUAUUAGAGGUAAUCCACUGAAUGGCACACAUCAGCCUCCAUCACCUUCUGCCAACCCUCAUGCUUUUAUGUCCAAUAGUCCUACCAUUGCAAAUUUGAGUAACUAUACUAUGACAAAUAAUGGAGAGUCGGCACCUACGGUGGAGGAACACGAAGAAGCAAAUAAUAACAUGUCAACCUCAAGUGGUAGUGAACUGGAGCCAUCAAGUAAUGAGAACAUUCCGCCCCUGACAAAUCAAGCUGAAGAUGCCAUGGGAUUACCUACAACACAAGUCUCAGAAGACAAUUUGGAUGAGUCUACAAGACCAUUCAAUGGAAUGGAUAAGGAUGGAUACUUUUCAGUCAGAUUGACUCCUCUAAUAGAUCAUUCAUCCUCAGCUUCAGGUCUAUAUUUUGCGCCCGUGAUUAGGAAAGUUAAGCAGAAUUCUAAGAUAUCGAUUGGGCGUUACACAGAAAAAAAUAAGGCAGCAGCACACGCGCCUCAGGGGUCAUCAGCUCCUAUCGUUUUUAAAAGUAAAGUUGUCUCAAGAACCCAUGCAUUAUUUCAAUGUAAUGAAGAUGGCCAAUGGUUCUUAAAAGAUUGUAGGUCUUCUUCAGGUACAUUUUUGAAUCACAUAAGGUUGUCGCAGGCUUCCCAGGAGCUGACAUUGAUGCCAUUAAUAGAUGGCGACAUUAUCCAACUAGGUAUGGAUUAUCGGGGAGGAACUGAGGAGUUUUAUAGAUGUGUUAAAAUGAGAUGUGAGUUUAAUAAAAGCUGGCAGAGAAAGGUUAAUCAAUUUAACUUGGAGAUCCAUAAAAAACUAAAGAAUCUACAAAUUUCUAAUGACGGACUUAUGAACCCAUUAACAGGAAAUGCAGCUGCUAAGGACGAGUUAUCUGAGUGUGCUAUCUGUUUAUUAAAACUUGAACCAUGUCAAGCAUUAUUCAUCAGUCCGUGCUCUCAUUCUUGGCAUUAUAAAUGUAUCCGUCCCAUCAUUAUAAAAAGCUACCCUCAGUUUUAUUGUCCUAAUUGUAGAUCAAUGUGUGACUUAGAGACAGAUAUUGAAGAUGAAGAUGAAGACGAAGGUUGA